GGAGCACGUCACCGUGUCAAGCCUUGGCCUGUCUCUGCCCACACUGGGAAGUUCAACCGAUUGGAUCUCCCUCCUGAGUCUCCAGAUAAGCAGUUUGUGCUGUUUGUGGGCGACUCGCAUCUGCGUGCGUUGGUCGACCGUUACGUGAGGAUGUCAGACGGUUGCCUUUCGUUUGGGUUCCUGUCUACGCCUGGGGCGUCUGCCGCUGAGCUCCGCACCGAGUUGCUGAACGCAGACAUCCCCAGAACCCCAGACAUCGUUUGCUUGCUGGCUCCGAGCAACAACCUCACGGCGACGCCCGGCAUCGAAGCGGCUGGAGUUGCCUUCGAUGGACUUCUGAGAGCUGCCCGCAGUCGAUGGCCUAAGGUGUUUGUGCUCGAUUUCCCUCCCCGGCUGGCGAGUGAAUUGGCACCGCAACAAUUCCUUCGAGAGGAGUUUCGUCGCGUUGCAGCAAAGAACGAUGUAAAGUACUGCGUCACAGCUGACCGCUUUCCGCUGGACUCACGUGCCUUGUGGAGUCGUGAUGGGAUCCACCUGAGUGACGAUCUGGGGAUGCCGCUUCUCGCGAAGCUUCUGUGGCACUUCUCCUUUCUGCAGCUACAGUCACCUCUGCCUGUUACACCUCCGCCUGUGUCUCCUCCCAAGUCACCCCCGACUGUGAGACCCUUUGCUACCACCGUGGUUGUGAAGGGAGAGGUUUCCCGUCCACGUCCCCUUGACCCCUUCAAGGAAACUGUCGUCGGACGUCGCGGAAAGCGCAGCCAACCUGAGUCCUGGGAUGCGCCUGAGGACUGGGAUCAGUCUUCCGUGCGGAUCCUUCCUCAUGAGGUUUGUGUGUCUCCUCUGGUCCUGAGGGAGUGCUUUGUCAUGCUAAACCCUAUCCGGUUUAGCACUGACAAGUUGGCUGCAAUGGAUCGCAUUGUUCCAUCCAACCUUGAUGUCCCCAUGGGGAAUCGCUCAAAGAAACGGAAGGUGGCACAUGGAACCACGGCUGUGGUCUCCAAAGGAAAGAAGGCCCGCCUUGAGAAGCUGCUGUACCAGCCACUCUGGAGGGCAGCGUCUUUGUGCCUUCGAGCAAGAAGGUGA